CCACUACCCCGCACGCGCAUUUCCGCAAUUCUUACACAAUGGCGGAUGACGAAGAGCGCAUCAAGGCUGAGAAGCUAGCUGCCGCGAAGAAAAGGGUAGCCCAGCUUCAAAAACAGAAAAAGAAAGCAAACAAGAAAGCCGCCAGCGUCGAUACCUCCAAAGAUACCACCCCCGCUGCUGCUGCUGCUGCUGCCGAGUCCUCAGAACCAGCCAAGGAAAAUGCGCCCGCGGCGUCGUCUCCGGAACCUGCGCCCACACCGGCUACAGAGAAGGAGGGAGGGGAGGAAGGUGCUAGUGCUGCGCCGGAGGUAGAGGAGACACAGACAGAGAAGGCGACAGAGCCAGAACCGAAGACAGAAGCUCAAGCCGAAACCACCACAUCGGACGAGAAAGCAGAGAAGAGCGAAGAUAAGGAACAAGAACAACCCAAGGACGAGAAGAAAGAAACCGAAGCCCCCGCAGCAGAAGAAGAAGAGACCGAGCCUAUGCCCGAUGCGCCCACGUCGCCUGCGUCAGCGCACGGUCGACAGCCCUCUCUAUCUAUCCAGUCGAAGAUGCGGUCAUCGUCGUUCCGGAAGGGAUCCAUGUCGCAGGGAAGCAGUGGGUCGCCGUCGCCGGCGGCGAGUGCGAUGCUGAAGUCGCCUUCGUUGCCGCCAUUGAGCGCGGAUGGCGAGGCUGUGCAGGAAGUGUAUCGGAAGCAGUCGACGCGGAUUGAGGAGUUGGAGAAGGAUAAUAAGCGGUUGGAGAAGGAGUUGGAGGAGGGGAAGGGACGGUGGAAGAAGACGGAGGAGCAGUUGGAGGAUCUCCGGGAGGCUAGUGUGGAUGUUGCGGAGUUGAAGGUGAAGUUGCAGGAUGCGGAGGCGAAGGUGGGGGAGAUUGAGGAGUUGAAAGCAGAAAUCGCAUCCCUGCAGAGACAAAACUCGCAUCUGCAAACUCGCACGCAUCGAAGCACCGCCAGCGUCUCUGUGCCCGGCCGAUCGGAGUCUCCGCCAGCGGACCUGGUGCAGCAAUUAGAAUCCAAGUCCGCGACUAUCGAAGCGAUGGAAUUGGAAAUCUCAAACCUGCGCGCACAGCUCACAUCGAGCAGCGCACAUGAGGCCCAAAUAGCAGCGCUCGAAGAGAAGCUCUCCGGCAGUGAAUCCGCGCUCGAGAAAGCCCAGCGCGAGCUAACCGACACCAAGAGCGCGCUGACCCGCGCCUCAGAAAAGGCCGUCAAAGAAGGCGUGGACAAGACCUCCACAGAGACACUAAUCAAGAACCUCCAGCGCGAGCUCGAAGAGCUCAAACAAGAGAAGACCACAACAGACAAGAAAGCCGAGACCCUCGAAAAGAAGCUCGAAGCCAUGGGCAACCUACACAAAGAAUCCGAAGCCCGGCAUCAAACCCGUCUCCGCGAGACCGAGAAGAUCGAAAAAGAAGCCGCAGUCCUCCGCAAACGACUCGCAGACGUAGAGAACGAGAACCUCCGCCUCAAAGAAGAACAAGAAUCUCUCCGUAAACGACAUGCCACGGACCACGGCAGCGCCGGCGCCGACGACGACGCCCUCGACGAACUCGAAGACGAAGAACGCUCUCGUCUGCACCGCCGCAUCCGCGACCUCGAAGGCGAAGUCUUCGACCUCCGUCGCGGCGUCUGGAAAGAACGUCGCGAGGAACUUGACCAUGCCCAUCACCUCCACUCCCCAGACACCUCCUUCCCCCAUACAUCCUCACCAUCUGCCGCCACAGCAGCAGCAAACACCUUCGACGACGUCGACCUCAUCGGCGGAACCCCCGACCACGCCUCCCAACAGCAACAACACUCCUCCUUCUCCACAGUCCUAUCCUCCGGACUCGCCGCCUUCACCGGCGGAAACACCUUCUACGGUGGAGGCAGUGGUAGCGGUAGCGGUAGUAGUGCUACCCGCGGCCGCGCUUCCUCAAACCAGCAGCACCAUCAGCCCGCCACACGGGGCAGUCUGGAGCUCCUCUCCGAGGAAAACUUCGAUGAUGAGUUCGACGAGGCGGAGUUUGCGCGCGCACAGGCUGAAGAGGAGGCGCGGAAGAGGGUCGAAUGGGUACGCGAGAUUAAGAAGAAGCUUAAGGAUUGGCAUGGUUGGCGGUUGGAUUUGGUGGAUAGUAGGGCUGGCGCAGAGGGGGCGGGUGUGGGUAUGGGAGAGAUUUUUCAGAUUUAGAUCUUCUUCUUCUUCUUCUUCUUCUUCUUCUUUUCUUGUCCCCUUCCGGUUUAGUUUUAUUUUAUUUUGGUUUAUUGAAUGGGAAUGAUACCGUGGGUUGCGGGGAUUGGGGUGAAAUGGACUUUGUGUUUGAUGUGAGCGGGGUUAGUUUUUUUUUUUUUUUUUGUUU